AUGUUAAAUAAAGAGUCAAAUAAAAUUCAAAAGAAUUUAUUAAAUAUUACAACUGCUCGUUAUCAUUCUAAUCAUGCAAAUUUUUCAUUAAAUGCUAAAUUAAAAUAUCUUCCAGUUGAUAAUUCAGAAAAUUUAAUAGAACAACCUUUAUGUCUUGUUGAUGAACUUAAUCUUAUUAGAUUACCAUUUGAAUCAGAUCAUUUUCAUAUGUCAAAUGAUAAACGUGAAUUAAUAAUUGUUGAUAAAAAUGAAAUACCAUUAUCUGAACCAAUCAUUUUUAAACAAUUAACAUUGGAAUCGAUUGAACUUGAAUAUAUUGGUGAUUAUCGAAAAUCUAUUCAAAUUAUUGAAAUAUCAUCACAUCAUUCAAUAAAUAAAUCUAUUACUCUUAAUGUAAAAUCGAUUUCUUUUGAUAAAUUACCAGCAAGUAUUAAAAAUCGUGCAAAAACAAUUGAAGAAAAAUUUGAAACAUUAUUAAUAAAUAUUCAAAACAAAUCUCAUCAAUUAAAACAAUCAGAACGCAUUCGAUUUGAAUAUUUUCAAUUUUUAUACAUACGAUUUAAUGAAGAAAUGGAACAUGAAAAAAAUAUCGAAUAUUUAUAUGAUAAAAUCGAAAAAAUGCAAUAUGAUCUUCAUCAAAAAAUGACUGAUUCAUUAGAAAUAAUAAAACUUGAAGAUCUUAAUAAACUAAUAAAGAAUGUAUAUGAUAUAAAUCAAAUUGAAAUUCCUAAUUAUUUAAAAACUAAAAAUGAAAAGUUAAUACAUAUAUUUAAUUUUAUUCUUCGAUUUCUUCAUAAUCAAUUAAAAAUAAUUGAACAAUAUAAAAAUAAGAUAUUUAAUGAAUUAGAACAAUUUCAAAUUAAAUCAAUAGAUAAUAAUGAAAAUUUUUAUUUUCAACAAAUAAUUUUUAUUAAAAAUGAAAUAACAAUUAAUAAUCAUAAGAAAUUAUUAAGACUUAUUAAAAAAAUUGAAAGUUUUAUUAAAUAA